ACGUAUACGCUCCAGUUGAUCCAGUGUAGACGUUCGAUACAGACAGGGGAGGGAGAGGAAACGCGGCUGUCACCAUCAUGCCAAGUCCUGCUAUAGCACCGUUUUUAGGGGCGACGGGGAGACUAAUGAGCUACAGGAACUUUAGCGAGGCAUCAGCAGUCGGGUUCCUGAGCGCGAUUUUAUUCGCCGUUUUCUCCGAUCCCGUCAGAAAUUUUGUAGAUUUUGGUGAAAAAUGGAUGGAAUUGUCGGCAUUACCCUAUCAAAUGAAUAUCGCUUUGUUGGGGUUUAUAGUCGGCUAUGGACUCGUCAAAAUAUUAUUACUUGCCCGGAUAACGGUCCUUAAAAUGCUUCUUAAUUAUCAUGGAUGGAUGCACAGCCCGAAAUCAACAGCUACUAAGAUAUGGGGACUGAUGUUGAAAGCCAUCAUAGGAAAAGGCAACUUCCCGACGUUCUUCUUUCAGGCAAUGCUACCACACCUCCCAGUCCCAGAUCUCAACAUCACCUGUGAGAAGUUUCUAACAUCAAUGAGACCCCUCCUGUCAGAUGAAGACUUCAUGAACCUCUUAACAGCUGUAUUAUCAUUCAAGGAGAAGGAAGGUCCCACACUUCAGAAACACCUGCUACAAAAGUGUGCCACAGAAGAGAACUGGUUGACAAAUUACUGGCUAAACCUGGCUUAUCUCAGCUACCGAGAACCAUGCGCAGUGAACGUAAACUGUUAUGCAACAGACAGGAAAAAAGCUUGUUCCACAAACCAGGCAGCCAGAGCUGCUAACCUUACCCACUGGAUCCUCAGAUUUCAUGAAAACAUUCUGGAGGAAAAAUUAAAACCACAGUUUCUACAGGACAUGAUACCAAUAUGUAUGGAGGGUUACAAGAUGCAGUUCUGUACAUCACGUAUACCUGGCAAACAUGUAGACGAGCUUGUUACGUGGAAGGAUUCGAAGCAUAUUGUGAUAUUGAGAAAGGGCAGUUACUAUAAGUUGACUGUGCACGCACCUGACAACGAUGGAAAGGAUAGAUUACUGACACCAGCAGAGAUCCUACCUAUCAUAGAACAUAUUCUAAAAGACGCAGAAGAAUCAACAGACAGCACACAGGCUGCCGUAUUUACAGCUCUUAAACGAGACCAGUGGGCUGAUAUUCGCACCAGAAUGGUAGAAAAUGAACUAAACAAAAACAGUAUAGAUGACAUAGAGUCGGCCAUAUUUCUUGUUUAUCUGGAUGAAGGUCUACCGACAACAAUUGAAGAGAAUGGAAAAGAUAUCAUGGUUGGAAAUGGAUUUAACAGAUGGUUUGACAAGUCUAUGAUGUUCCCCGUAUUUGCUAAUGGUAAAACGGGCGUGAAUGUGGAGCACUCGGCAGGUGAUGCUACACUUCCCGGCAGAAUGUGGGAAUACUUCUUACAGAAUGAGAAAUACACCAAGGAUGGUAAUAUCAUCGCUGAGAGGUCUCGUAAGAAGAAAAUUCCUUCUCCUCAAAGGCUGACAUGGGAUAUGACUGGAUUGGAGAAAGAUGUGGAAGAAGCUUACGAACACUACAGAAAAGCUGGUGGGUUUCGUCUGAGAGUUGUCUCCCCUGAAUACGGUAAAGGUUACAUCAAAAAGAAGAGAAUGAGUCCAGAUGGUUAUAUCCAGAUGGCCCUACAGUUAGCCUAUUACAGGCUCUACAACCAAGUUCCUAAAACUUACGAAUCUGCAUCAACAAGGAUGUUCCUGAAUGGUAGAACAGAGACAAUCCGUUCAGUAUCUGAAUAUUCCAAGCAGUGGGUACAAAGCAUGCAGAAUGAACGAGCAACCCGAGAACAGAGAAUAAUGUUACUUAAACGAGCCGUACAAUACCAGACGCAGAUCAAAGUUGAUGCCAGUAUAGGUCAGGGAUGGGACAGACAUCUCAUUGGACUGUUCGCUGCCUCGCAAGAACUCAAAAUGCCGACCCCAGCCCUGUUCCAAGACAAGAGUUUUUGGAUGACCGACAAACUGAGUACAUCACAGACUCCGACCCGUUACACCGACCAGUGGACCCUGGAGACCUCCUGUAUGGGCGGUGGCUUUGCUCCAGCCUCCCCCGAUGGUUACGGGAUAUCCUACAUGAUCUAUGGGGAAGACAUGUUGAAUUUCCAUGUGACUAACAACAAGUACUGUCAAACAACGUCAGCAGACAAGAUGGCCGACGCCAUUCUGGAGGCGAUGUCAGACAUGAAGGAAUUGCUCAAGUAGUGCUGUGAUUUGAUGUCGCCAUGGUGUUUUGUUGCCUUGGUCACCAUGCUUACACCAUGUGACUGUAGUUUUAUGCUCUCAAAGCAUUGUAUUGUCAUGAUUUUAUAUCAGUUUAUACUGUGUGUCGUCUGGUUGGGAGAAGAUCAGAACUCGCAUGAUAAAGAGGAAUGGUAACAUCAGCAGUCUGAUGGAAAACUGGAAUUCAACAACAUUGAGAAAUAUCAUAACUACCAUUAUAGAUGGACUUGUUACAGAUGAAGACUGGCAUUCUCUUGUAAAACUCGGGUAAAACCGCAUUUGGCUAUCAAUAUUUACAUAACUUGCUGUAAAUUGUAUGACCGGGAAGAAAUAAUAAGAUAGUUUUGAUGUUUUACGACUUUGUCUUUAGAAAUAUUUUGCAUACCAAUCAGCAAAUCAGUGAUCCAGCAUUUAUUUGUCAAAGCUGUUGAAUUUUUAGAUUUCACAGGAAGUUAUAAUUAAAACAGAACAGACAGACCCUGAUCUGUGACAAUGCCUUGAAUUUUCAGUCUCUUCUUUUGUAACAAUGCAAUUUUUUUAUGAAUGCCAUAUAGAUAACCUGCCUAUCAGUUUGUGUAUUGUCUGACAGUGGAUAUACUUGGUACUAUUUUUGCGAACUGUGAUGGGGCUCCAGUGUUAUGUAAAGUAUUUAUGUUGUGUAGUGACUACAAUCAUAUAAAUGGCUAUGCUGUGGGAUUUCUGAUUAUUAUUUGUGGCAUCUCCUUUUUUCUAAGACACAAUUUUUAUAUUUUAUAGUAUUCUUGAAAACUGAGAAUACUUUUUCUCUUCGGAGAGGGUGGGGUCGCUGUCUUGAUCACAAAUAUCAUUGUUGGCAUGACCCUCUGUAAGAAAAUAAAAACAGAAGUUUCCAUGACUGUUCCUUAAUGCGAUACAAUUUUGUAGCAUAUUUCAUACUUUUCAAGUCUUUUUGAAUGAUACAGCACUGUAGUGUUAGGUUAUAAGUUUGUAAAAGUUUGUCACUUUUUAGAUAAUUUUAAAUAAACUGCUAACAGUUCAUGUUUUUAUUUUGGAAUGUAGUCCCAGACUUCAUUGUUUUAUGUGGUAUUCACAGACUUGUGGUGAACUGUGGACUGGUGAACAUAGACUUCUUUAUGAACUGAAAACAGUUGUAUUAUCGUCACUCUUCUUGACUAACUCUUAUGGAAGUUUAUUUCAGGGACCAUGUUUUUUAAAGUUUAGAGUCUUCUUUUUUCAUGGGAACACGCCACUUUUAUAAGAUAUUAUUUCUCUCGUAAAUAAGAUUUACAAUUCAUAUGCUGUUGAUGGUAUUUUGGUUGGUUAAUACAAGAGUAAUGUUUGUAUUUGUUCUUCAUUUUGUUUUGUUAUUAUUUAAUGGUAUUUAAUGUUUCUUUUAUUUCAGUAUUCAGUUUUCUUUCAUAGAAACCAAUUUUCCAACAACCCAUUUCAUUGUUACCUUCCUGUUUAAGACAGAACUUGUUAAACAUCGCGAGAAGUUGAUGAGUCUGCUAAAUAGUAAGAGUAUAUAUUAUCAUAGGUUCAACUGCAAACUUGAUGACAAGGCCAUUUAUCAUUUUUAAAGUGAUAGUCCCUGAACUAUGAUGUCUGUCUGACAUCUUGAGUGAUAUUUAACAUAUAAGAUUUAAAUUUGGCGAAAAAAAACUUCAGUGCUAUGAAACAGACAAUUAAACUACCAUAUUCCAACUAUGCAGUUAUUCUCUUUUUUUUCUAUCAAUACAAAACAUACAUUCCAUAACGUUGUAUUGCACCGGUCGAGUGGUUGUGGAACACUUUCUCCAUUAAGGUCGAUAACUUACUACUAGUACUAGGACAAUUCCAUACAAAUCUGUUUAACAAUUGUUCAUCGUGAAUGGCUAUGAAAUAGUAAUUGUCCAAUCUGCCCUGCUGUUGUAAUGAGUACCAGUACUUGGGAAGUAGUUCUGGGAGACACUUGGACUCUUGCAAAGUCCUAUGGAUGAGUUUAUACUGUUAUGGCUGAUAGUGGAGUUUGUUUCUGUGUUUUUUUUUUUGUUUAAUUAGACACAAUAAAUCUUAAAUUAAUGGCUGAAACAUUUUCCAAAUAGGUCAAAUGCCCUGGUGAUAUUUUCAUUUGGUAGCUCUCUUUUUAAAUAAGUUUCUUAAACUCAAAAUAUUUUUUUUUAGAAAAUUAAGUAUUUUAAAAAUUCAAUUUUAAUAUUGAAAAAAACUGCUAAAAAUCAUUGAUCUUUGAAUUAUCUGCUGUUUAUUGUGGAAUGUUUGUAUGUUUUUAUGUGGAGCUAGUGGUCUCUGCCAAACACAAUCCUUGUUUUCUUGGCAAGACUUGCUUAUUGUUCGAUGAUUUUAAAAAUCUGUUAUUAAUAUUUUUAUUUUAAAUAUGACUUUUUAUGCUUUCAUUAAGUGUGUGAACUAUAUUUAUAUUCAUAAUGUAGCACAAGUUAUCAAUAUUUAUAUCCACAGUUAGGUUCUAUCUUACAACUGUAAUCCUGACUUUCCCUCAUUACAUAUACAGUUCAUAGUGUAGGGUUUAACUCCGUUAAAAUGCUUAAAAUUGUGACAUGUAAUUAUAUAUUUUGUCAAGGAAGAGAGUUGAUGAUGUCCUUUGUUGAUUGCAUUUAGUCGGCAAGCCUAGUCUUAGACAUUUAUCACAAAGCUUUCACGCCUUGCACAUUAUAUUGAUGAAAUGAAUCUCAAUUUUGGAGGAAAACUCUUGAAUUUUGGGACCAUGUAAAAUUAAUUGUGUGGCCGAGUUGUUUGGACAAACUAACAUAUUACUGUACAGAUAUUUUGUUGUGUUGGUUUAAAAUGUACACAUUUAAUAUCAAGUUUGUAUUUUAUUCAUGCCUGGCCCUGCUUUUUGUGUUUGUUGUUUUAGUGACUGGAAUGGUUUUUUAAUCUUGCAGAUUUUUAAAUUUUCGCUAUCAACGAAAAAAUUACAACUUCAAUCUACUUGCUUCACAAAACUGUUAAGACAUUGAAAUAUCAAAUUCAAAUAUUGUUUUGAAGUCUGAGAAUUUUGGGGGUAGGGAGAGGGGAAAGCAUGCAUGCACUGUUCAAGUGUCUCCGGAAGGUCAUUGAGCUGCUGGAGAUAGACUUACAAUCAAUCCAUAUCUAUUGCGAUCUCUAAAACGACAUAAAAAACUUUUUUUUUCUAAUUGUCUUGUUAUUAAAUGUGUAUGUUUUACAUGAAAUGACAAUUUUUAGAUUCAGAGAUAUUCCGUCUAUAUGUAAGCAUGUAGAAGCAUCAUGAUAUUGUGUAUACAGAUUUAAAACUGUUGCAAUGUGCUUUGCAAUUUAUUAAUACUAUUGGCUUUGAAUAUGAUUUGUUUAAACGUUUAUAACAAAAUUCAUGGAGUUGAUGCUUAUUCUUGAUGUUUAUAUACUCGAGCUGAAAAGACUUGUAUAUGAUGUAAGCAUUUAUGUACGUGGAUGAGAUUCAUUUCAUAUCUAUUGUUAAUAAAGAAAUAUUCAAAUAUGUCAUUUUUUUCUGUUGGUUUAUUGUCUCUUAGAGUAUGUUGUUGAUGCUACUGUCUCAAUGGUAGGUUACAAAGUAAACAAGAACUAAACAAUAGCAUUAUUAUUACAUGUUUCUAGAUGAAAUAGACAACCAGAGAAAUGAUCAUUUGUCAUGUAGAAUGGUAUGUACUGUGACGUCAUCAUGAGAUCCUUUCAAACCAUAAGAAAAGUUUUGGUUUGAUACUCGUGUUUUGAAUGGUUUAGGAAGCUGUGAAUUUGUGGUUCAUGAUAUUGUAAAAUGUUUAAUAAUCAAACUGCCUUUGACUAGAAUUGACAUUUUAAUCAGGGUUGACAAUAACAUGCCAAAUUAAGUUCAUGUAAACUGAAAUAAAAGUCUAAAAAAUAAUGUUGGAAAAAUGAUGGCUUGAAAAAAGAUGCCUAAAAGCUAACAUCAUUGUGUUGAUGACUUGUGUAAACAAUUUUACCUGUCUCCUGCCGGUUUAAGUAAUUUAAAAUCUAGUUGCUUAAUUUAUUGAAAUAUUAUUCAGAAUAUGGUAGUUUAUUACAGUAUCUAAACAGUUUAUUUACUGAUAUAUAUGUAAACAAUUUGUAUACAAUUCAUUUAUAGGUAUAUGCAAAGUUUACUCACUUGUUAUACUCAGUUUAUAAUCAUUGUAUUGAUGUACCAUGAUGGACAUUGUUUAUAUAUUUGAGUUUUACAAAUUUGAGUUUUACAAAUUAGAACUUUAUUAUUCAUAAGCUUACCUGUACCCAUGGUUGCUCAUCAUAAUGUAAUUGCAAUAUUUUUUUCUGAAAUUCAUACAUAUAAAGAUACUUAAAUUAGAUAUAUCAAGGAGUAAAUAUUUUUCAACAUAUUUAUGUUUCCACUGUCUUAUUUAUUAUUAGCAAAUAAUGGUCUGAUCAUGAUAUUAAUAUUAUAUAAGAAAUUGUAAGAUUUACUACUAACUAUCCAUGACAACUCAAUAUGAUAUUAGAGGUUCUCGAAUAUAGCCACAUGUAUUGUGUAUGUAGACAACAAAAGUAAUAUAGCCACAUGUAUUGUGUAUGUAGACAACAAAAGCUUUGUAACAGAUAAAAUAAAAAGUACUUCUGUUAAAAGUUAUCUUUUAGCAGAAUAUGGAACAUUUACUUUCUGCAUGAAUAUUAGUUACUUUCCAGAACUAAAAAUCUAGGCUUUUGUUUUGUACAUUCACUCGCAAAGAAUGGCAGAAUACUGCAACUUGUAGUUAAACUUUAAAACAGCAUUUAUCAUGAACUCAUUUACUGCUUUUUUUAGAUUUACUUUAAAGUUUGGUGAAAACAACUCAAGAUGUUACUGGUCGCUUGUUUUGCUGGUAUGAUAUUUGCGUACACUUCAAUGCAAUAUUUUAGCAAAUGUGUUGAGUGUGUUGAUUUCUGACCGAUUAUAUGUGAUAUAUUUUAGUAAAUUUCUCUGUAAAGCAA